UUGUUAAUUGAUUUAUUGUGUAGAUGGCUAAGAGUAAGUUUGAAUAUGUGCGUGGAAUGGAGGUGGAGGAUAAACUGCUCCCCAACACCUGGAUUGUAGUCAGGAUAGACGGAAAGGGAUUCCACAAAUUUUCAGAUGCACAUGGGUUUGAGAAGCCUAAUGAUCUGAGAGCACUGAAUCUCAUGAAUAAGUGUGCCAGAGCUGUUAUGGAUGAUUUUAACGAGAUAAUACUCUCCUACGGACAAUCGGAUGAAUACUCAUUCAUCUUUAGAAAAGACAGUACAGUGUACAGCAGACGAGGUUCUAAACUAAUAACAAAUAUUUCAAGUUUGUUUGCAGCAUCUUACGUCUUUCAUUGGCCACAGUUUUUCCCCGACAAGAGUUUGAAGUAUCCGCCCUGUUUUGAUGGAAGAGCCGUACUGUAUCCAUCAGAAAAAAAUAUUAGAGAUUAUCUAUGCUGGCGACAAGCAGAUUGUCAUAUUAAUAAUCUGUACAACACAGUAUUCUGGACUCUAGUAAACAAAGGUUGUCUUUCUACUCAGCAGGCUCAGGAACGGCUGAAAGGAACCGUAUCAGGGGAUAAGAAUGAGAUAUUGUAUUCUGAGUUUGGUAUAAACUACAAUAAGGAACCAGAUCAGCUGAAGAAAGGAACAACAAUAAUAAAACGGAAGCAAACGAUACCAAUGGAUAACGGAGAGACAAAGACCCGAACCCAAGUUGUGGAACUGGAUUGUGAUAUUAUAGGAGAUGAUUUCUGGAAUGAAAACCCUCAUCUCCUUGUGCCCUACAGAGAUUUAUAACAGCUUGAACAUACAAUCAUAUUAUUUUAGUCUAUUCACAAUUUUUUUUGGGGGGGGGAGGGGAGGGGGUUCAUGAAUU